ACUCAGCCAGCCUCCACUGCCCCCGCCCCGGGGUUCGCCGUUGGGCCACAUGAAGACAGAGCAGCCAGUGACUGGGGUGGAGAUGAGGGACCACCGGGCACGAGUGCACCUCACAGAAGCGGACGCCCUUUGCUGGCGCGUUGAUCGCCGGGCUCUGUUACCACGUUUGCCAUGAGCAGGUGAUAUCAUAUAGUCUUUGUCUUCCUCUAUCUGACUUAUUUCACAUAGCAUAAUACCCUCCACGUCCCUCCAUGUUGCUGCAAAUGGCAAAAUUUCAUUCUUUUUUAUGGCUGAGUAGUACUCCAUUGUGUGUGUGUGUGUGUGUGUGUGUGUGUGUGUGUGUGUGUGUAUCACGUCUUCUUCAUCCAUUCCUCUGUUGAUGGACAUGUAGGUUGCUUCCAUAUCUUGGCAAUUAUAAAUAAUGCUGCUAUGAAAAUUAAGGUGCAUGUAUCUUUUCAAAAUAGAGUUUUCAUUGCUUUCAGAUAUAGACCCAGGAGUGGAAUUGCUGGGUCAUGUGGUAGUUCUAUUUGUAGUUUUCUGAGGAGUUUCCAUACUGUUUUCCAUAAUGACUGCACCAGUUUUCAUUCCCACCAGCAGUUUAUGAGGGCUCCCUUUUCUCUCCAGCAUUUGUUUUCUGUGGUCCAUUUGAUGAUACGCAUGCUGACAGGUGCGAGGUGACAUAUCAUUGUGGUUUUGAUUUGCAUUUCCCUGAUGGUCAGUGCCUAUUGGCCACCUGUGUGUCUUCUUUGGAAAAGUGUCUAUUCAGCUCUUCUGCCUGUUUUUUAAUUGGGUUGUUUGUUUUUUGAUAUUGAGUUGUAUAAGCUAUUUAUAUAAUUUGCAUAUUAACUCCUAUUUGGUUGUAUCAUUUGAAAAUAUUUUCUCCCAUUCAGGAGGUUGUCUUUUCAUUUUGUGGGUGGUUUUCUUUGCUAUGCAAAAGCUUUCAGGUCUCAUUAGGUCCCAUUUGUUUAUUUUUGCUUCUGUUUCCUUUGCCUUAGUGGAUUUUUUUUUAAAGAAAAGAAACAUUUGUAUAUUUUUGUAAAAAAAUUAUGAGCAAUAAAUUCUUCCGAGGAAAUGCCACUUCCCUGCUAGUGCAAGAGCAGGGCUCUGAGUAGCGGGAAAUAGAUGUUGUAUAAUCCAGCCUUGCCCUGGGGAAUGGAUUGCCUAAUUGCCUCCUGAAAGGUUUAAAUGUGGAGGAUUCAUGGGGAGCCUGGAGAAAAUGACACCGGCUGUUUGGUGAUUGAGUUUUGGGAGCUGGGAGGCUGUGUGCAUCCCUGAGGGUUGGGCCCAGAGACAGAGGCACCAAGCCCGGCGGCACAGACAACAACUGGCUACUUGGAAAUCCUGUGGAAGGAGCACAGAGAGGCAUUUGGAAGAGGAGUACUUUGGGGUUUUGUCUGUUUUUGUUUCUGCGGCUUUUUGUUGCUGGGCCAGAAGGACAAGGGGUUCUGCCUCCCCUCCCGACCCUGUGAUCCUGGGGCCGCCUCGGGCCGCCUCGGGCCCUGGCCGGAAGGGCCAGCGAAGCCCAGCACGAGUGUCCCAGCCUCGCCCCGCCUCGGGCCCUGGCCGGAAGGGCCAGCAAAGCCCAGCACGAGUGUCCCAGCCUCGCCCUUCAGCUGAGCUGAAACAGAAGUUGGCUUCGCCCUGCUCGUCAGGUAAAUUUGGGUGGUCUUCAUUUUCGAGGUGAGUAAUGGGGACUUUCUUCACUUGUCUGAAUUAUUUAGAUAAGAACAUACUUUAUACAGCUAGGUCGGCCUCAGUUGGUCCCAUGCACUGGGGAAGGCCAGGUGCAGGAGAAGCCCCCAUCUUUAGAAGAUGCUCCGUGUGGAUUGGGUCCCUGUCGCCCCCGGUCCUUGGAGCCAGUGUUGUCCACUCCGUGUCUGCUGUCUGUUUGCUACGAUGGGCCUUAGGUUCUGUCCUUGGCCUGUUCCUCUGGGCCAAGCCUCAGGCAGCUCCGCUGAGAGAGGCCCGGCAGGGAUAUUAGUGAGGAAAGGGUGCUGGGCCUGCCGCCCUCGUGAAGCAGCGGCCGCCACGUGUUCCCUGGAAGCACCAGUUUACGUCUUCGGGCCAAGGGUGUCCCCUCUUUACAAGCACCUUUCUUCCUCGCAGGCCGGCAGGCCAUCUGGACGUGAGAAGAGCCGAUCCGCUCUGCCGGCCCCCCGGCUCUUCCUCCUUCCUGGGUGCAGCCCAGGCCGUUCCCCUGUCCCUCAGGACGAGGCAGUCCAUCCACCCGAUGGUGCCCAGGGAGCCUCAGCCAGGUCCCCAGUUUAGGGGUCAGAAGCUGGCGUGGGGCUCAAGGUGGAUGCUGGCAAGGGUGGAGCCAGUUUCCAUGGCGUUUCAUGAGCCACACCUGCAUGCGCGCCAAGCCCCACCUCAGAGAGGCCACUUCUGCAGGACCAAACUCUUGGGCUGGCUGUUCAGCGAGCUGCCCCCAGCCUGCUCCCGGCCCCUCCCGCUGUGCCUGGGUGGGGGGCCAGCUCGCCGUCCCCGCCCUCCUGGCCCCGCUCUGCCCGGCUCGGAGCUCCUCCGGCCUCAGAGGGCUGCGCUCUGGCUGGCCUGGCGGGACCUGGGCACUGACUCCACUUGUGACUUGAUCCUGGUGUGUUCUCUCUAUGGACUGCUUCACCAUUAAGAAAGGGAAGAGCUUCAGCCCUGUGGCACGAAUUCCUGACACAUUCGACGUCCUAAUUAUCCAGGAUGAAUCAGCAGCUCUGCCCGGCGGGGCGCUGGGAAGGCUUGGCUGCCAGCCCACCGCUGGAGGACUUCAGAGAGAGCUACAUCUAUACCUGGGGAGGCCCCAAGUUGACCCCAUCCUAGAGAUUCCUUCCGUCCAUCUUAGUUGUGUCACUGGGGGCUGGAGGGGAGAGCGAAGCUGGCCGUGAGAUUUUCAUAAGAGGCUCGGGUUCCGGAAAUGAACACCAUUCCCUGAAAGUGAGGCCUUCGAGGUCGUUUCCACCGUAGCCUUGAAUCCCCCGGGACUGCCCUCGUGCAGGAGUGCAUCUCUGAGAAACCAGCCUGCCCACAGCCCCUGUGACCACCGUGGUCUUUGCUGCUCCCCCCUUUCCUGCCCCCGUGUCCUCCAGUGGUGGGGGUCCCCAGUUUACUUGCGAAUCCACAACCAAAGCCCAGAAAGAAGAAGGUUGGGGACCCCUGCCGAGGAGUGACGCACGGGUGUGCCAGGCGCGCUGCUCGAGAGAGCGGCACCUCCUCCUAAGUCAAGGGCGGCAGGUGGAGAGGCCGGUCCACGUUCACAGGCUCUGUGGGUGCCCACUGCUUGCCUCCCCCUGCACCCUGCUUGCCCGUAUCAAAGGGGGUGCUGUGAUCAACUCCCACCCCUGUCCCUUUGAAGCCCCACUAAUCUCCCUUUUCACCCCCCAAGCCCGUGUGCUGGCGUCGGUACCCCUGUGGCGUGUUGGCCACCAGGGACACGUGGGGGCCCCAGCUGGUCUUGCCUUGUUCCCAUCAUCCUUGUCCCUCGUGUGGAGUCGGACUUUCUCCAUCUCCUCCAUCCCCCUGGUGUUGUCCCCAGGACCCCUUCUCUGACCUCCUGUGUCCUCACAGCCCCAGGCUCCUGCGAUUUUCUGCCGUGUGCCCACAGGCUGAGAUGCCCACACUUCCUGGGCAGGGCCUUGCGUGCCUGCCAGACCUCUAAGGAGGGAGGUGAUCCCGCCCAGGCUUCCUAAGGGCUGGUGCCUGGCGCCCUGUGUACAUUCUGGAAUGCAGCCCACCCUGAGCACGCAAAGCAGCCCCGGUGGGGGCCACUUGGGAGAGGGUGAGAGCCUGGUCUCCCCUCCUCGCUGCUGAGCAGAUCCUUUUGGGACCACCGAGCCAGGAGCAACCCUCCGCUGGUGAAGCGGGACCUUCUUGGCCGUUCUGUCCCCUCCACUGGGGUCAGGGGGGGAGAAGCGGACUGCUCUAAUCCGCCCCCAGGGCUCCUGAAGACCCCGCUCGUGCUGCUAACAAGGAGCUGCCACCGUGGUCUGCAUGGCCCAGGGCUCAGAGCCAACCCGCGCCAGGCCGACCUAGAGCUCAGCUCGAGGCCCUGUGAGUGUGGAAUCCAUGAAGGUCCCACAAGCGGACACAUGGCUCGGGUGGAGGGGGGAGGCACCGAGCCUCUUUUGGUCCAUGUCCAAUCUUGCAAAUUAAGGAAACUGGACAAGUCAGUCAUUUUUGUAAGUUUCUCAGUCAUAGACAUCUUUACCUAUUCCUCCAAAGUCAUAUUCUGGACCCCAGUACAGGAAAACAGUGGAAGUGAGCUCACUCACCCUCACGGAAGAGGGAGGACUGACCAGAGAGAUGCCCCCAGAGGACCCGGGGCUGCGAACCCGCAUCGGAGGACCAGGCCAGGUUCUCUCUAAGCCCCGUCUCCGUGUCCUGCUGGGACUUCCAGAGAAGACAGCUUCACCUACAGGGAGGGCCCUGGCUGACCUCACGCUCCUUCUAAAAGCCCCGCGGCUGUGCUUCUGCGUCCACAGAGACAAGCUGUCACAUGAGCAAGAAGAGAGGAGACAGCUCUGCAACUUUAUACGGGCCCCGCUGAGGCGGAACUCCGUGGAGAGGUGGACGGCUAUUUCGGGAAUCGAAGGGCUUAUGACCACAACUGCUGCAUUCAGACGGCAGCUGCUCUCAGAGGUGCCGUGCACCAGAGCCCCCAGGAGACGCGUGAAAGCACAGACGCGAGGCCCCGCCUCCUUCCACAGCUGCCAGGCUUCGCUGGCCGUUCAGCUGCUUGGGAGCUGCGCCGAAGGAACCUUUUGUAUCGAGGCCCAGACUGGACCAAAGAUCUACCCAGUGGCGUUGCUGGGUGACGACAGACCUGGACACCCCGUGCAGGCUCACCUGGCCGUCCCCAAAGCCAUCUUCCCAGACGUCCACGUCCUUGCACAGGCUGGAAAGCAGGACACCCGUGCGGCCCCUCCGAGCGAGUGAAAGGAGCUGAUGACAGCCACCGUGCAGGAGCUUCGGGGCCCCGACGGCCUGCUGAAGGCUGUCCCUCGAGCCCUCCUCCAGGGCCGCAGGUGAACGCCCCCAGACAUCCGUGUCCUGAUCCCUGGAACCCGGGAAUGUGGAGUUCAGGGUGCUGGUCCGGCGACCCUGAGGUGGCCAGUGUCCUGGGCUCUCCGGUGGUCCAGUGUGAUCACAGGGUCCUUAAAAGUGGAGGAGGCAGCAGCAGAGGAGGUCAGCGACGUGUGCGGGAAGGAUUCAGUCCUCCAGAGCCGGCCUCGGAGACAGAGGAAAGGCCCCGAGCCGAGGAAGGCGGGCGCCUCGAGAAGCUGGAAACCGCACUUCGGUGGAUGCGAAUCCUCCCCUGGAGCCUCCAGAACGUGGGCAAACUGAACCCCAGGAGGAGCAGCCUCGGGCCCCUCAGAGAGGAAGGGAGAUGGUUUAAAAAAUAAAAAGGCUUCACGCUGACUGAAUUUUUGAGACACAUAGAUCAGAGUCUGUAAAAAGUGUGUUUACAUUUUUUCACAUGUAAAAUGGACUAAUUGUCAGGGAUGAUAGUCUGCAUUUGUAUCUGCAUUUGGCAUUUGCAACGCACAUUAACAUGCAUUAACCUCUAAGAAUGUGGAGGUUACAGAUGGGGCUUUGCUGGGCAAGGUCAAGGCACUCACUCAAGGUCACCCGGCUACCGGUGGUCCGGCGAGAGGGAUGCAGCUUCCAGCACAGACAGACAGACAGACGCUGGAAGGGCAGGCAGACGCUGGAAGGGCAGGCAGAUGCUGGAAGGACAGACAGACGCUGGAAGGGCAGACAGACGCUGGAAGGACAGACAGACGCUGGAAGGGCAGGCAGACGGAGGGCAGGCAGACGCUGGAAGGGCAGGCAGACGCUGGGAGGGCAGGCAGACGCUGGGAGGGCAGGCAGACGCUGGGAGGGCAGGCGGACGCUGGAAGGGCAGACGGACGCUGGAAGGGCAGACGGACGCUGGAAGGACAGACAGACGCUGGAAGGGCAGGCAGACGGAGGGCAGACAGACGCUGGGAGGGCAGGCAGACGCUGGAAGGGCAGGCAGACGCUGGAAGGAAGGGCAGGCAGACGCUGGAAGGGCCGUCUUGAUUACAAAGGCAAAAGGAUUGUUUUCAGAAUUAAACUCAUGCUCCACGUCUUCGCAACAAAAGCAGUGCGAACGUGCGUGAUUCCCCGAAACUGUUUCAUACAGCUUUACCUGAGCGGCUGCCCAGACAGCCCCGUCACAGACGACUGUUUGGGAAUGGCCUCCGGAAAUCCUCCUGGACGGGGGUGGGGUGCGUUAGCUAGAACACGAGUCUCCCAGAAGCCUGUCCUCCCGCUCACCCUGCUGUAGCCCAGAGCGUCACGCCAGCAGAGCCCACGCCCUGGACCUCCUCUCCUCACAGCAGCGAAGAUCUCCGCGGUGACAGGCCGGCUGUACUGCCUGCUUCGUCACCUGCUCUGUAAUUGGGAAGCCCGGUGUCCAGGCCCAUGGCACUGCCCCCACCGUCCACUCCCCCGCCUCGCCAGCCCUGCUUCCUUAGUGCAAGCUCCUAAUUGAUUAAACGGAUGACUGAUUAUCGGGCCCGAGCCAUGUGUUCUCCAGACACCCGUUUGCUUGGAACGGAAGGAGCGCGGCCGGCACCCAUCCCUGCCCGCUGCCCGCAGACUUGGAGGCAGGGUCUGCUGCGAACCCCGCCGCCGUAAUUGCCGCCAGCCUCCCCUGAAGCAGGUGCACACCCGCCAUCAGUUUUGCUGUCUUGAUGUGAGCGUCCUGCCAGCAGGCCACUGUCAGAUGCUGCUGACGCAGGACUCGCUGCUCCCAGCCUCCCAAAGCAGCCACACUGUUCGGGAUGGGAACGUGGUCCCACUGUGAUGCCCGGUGAGGGUUCCAUCAGGGAGCAGGGAGUGAGGAAUUCAGGUGCCUCCUGGUCGCGGGGCUGCUGGGGGACAUGUGAUCCAGCACUUUCUUCCUGUCUGAUGAGAUGGAGUGGUGACUCCAGGUUGGUCCUGGGAGCAGGAGAAUGUUUCCCCCCUCCUAAACUUUGGCCCUCAGGUUAAGAUGCCAUUACCCAGGCCGCCCUCGAAAGCCGGGGUAUCACUUCACCCCCAUCUGGACGUGAGAAGGUAGCGGGGAAACGGGGAUCCACUCGGUCAAUCCAGCCACGCGAGGCCCUUUAUUCUGUGCAGCCUGGGAGGCAGGCACAGCGUCAAACGGGAGGUGGGGUCAGUGCGUGACUGUCACACACAGUCCUGAGACUCGACGUCUGGAGGCUGACGAGCUCCUUUCUGCAGGGCUGCGUCCAUGCACUGUGCUUCUGGCAUCUUUCUUGCUUCACCCAUGAAUUUCCACGAAUUUUGUGCUUCUUUAAAGUGAAGCAAUGAUUGUAAGACAAAUAUAAAGCUACGGAGUGCAAAAGCAUCUAUGUUUCUACAGUUUUCUCCUCAAUCUUUUAACGGUGGCUGGUCUCACCCAGGGCCAGUUUGGAAGCAAUAUUUGUGCUACUCAACUUUACCGAGUCUUUCGAAAGCAUUAGGCUCAAUUUUCGUAAAACAUCAAUUCCCUCUCUUUUCACUCGGCCUCCAUCAUUUUGCAUCCCAGUAAGUAAAUCACAUCAGUGCAAUAAAACGGUCCUAGACGGGCUUGGGACCAAGCACACUGCUUCCAGCUGCAUACAAGUAGCUCGAGACGGCCACGGGCUCCGCGGGCCAGCUGGAGGUCCUGCCACG